AUGCAAAACGGAGUUGAAAAUAAAUGUUCAAAAACCCAACUCAAACCUACUAAAAUCUCAGCUCCAACAACUCCGCCAAAGUCAACUCCUACUCCAACUCCAACUCCACCAAAAGAAUCCCCAACUCCGGAGUUGGAAUUGCCCAGCCAUGAUGUCGUACCUUAUCGGGGUAACGUCAUAAAUACACUUGAUUUUACAUGUAAAGCUGUAAAAUCUCAGUCAAACAUAGCUGGUAUUACUGGGCCAUUUUUGUCAAACGAAGCUAAAAUAAUUGCACAAUUUUCCAGUCGUAUUGGUAUUUCAACAAUAAGUUAUUCAGCAACUGAUCCUGAACUAUCUGAUCGUAAUGCAUAUCCAAUGUUUUAUCGUCUCGCACCAGCGGACAAUAUUGCAGCCUAUGCAAUAUCAAAAAUAUUUGAAAAAUUUAAAUGGAAUAUAACCAAUAUUAUUUACCAAACAGAUAGUUAUGGACAAGGUGGUUUGCAAGCUUCAACAGAAAUAUUUAUUCGAAUUGGUGUAAAAAUAUUAUCGACAACUAAAUUUGAUAUGUCAGCGAAAGAAGUAGAUGGACCCUAA